UGAAACUUUGAUAAACAAAUACGUUCGCUGUAAAUGGUUUUGGUAGGUUUCAAUCUUCCAAACUCAACAUGUAUGGUUUCAUCAUCUACUCAUGAGUAUAAGGGUUUUAAAUGGACAAACGAUGCUACAACAGUAUUUCUUCAACAAAUUAUUUUGCAAAAAAAAAAUGGAAGUAACUACAAGAACAAUCUAAAUAAUAUUCAGAAAGCAAAGAUUUUGAAGAAUUUCAACGACCAGCUUGGAGCUAGUUUGAGUUGGAAACACGGAAAAAAUCAUUUAGAUCAUUUGAAAAUGUGUUACAACAUGUAUCACGAAAAUCCAGAAGUUCAACAACUUCAUCCAAAUUUUUUUCAAUUUAUUCCACUUCUUAAAGUAG